ACAAUAAACACAACCUGCCAUCAUCGCAUUAUUUAAUUCGCAGGUAGCAGCAGAGAAACCUCGAAGAAGACAUGAGAGAAGAAAACUCUGGAUUACUGCAGGCAGUGUAAUUUAGUUUGAUUUGCUGUUGUGCUUCGUUUGAUUGAUUCUGAAGAGCAGACAAGAUGGUCUAUCCAAAAGCUGCUGUGGCUCUCUCGACUGUGGACUGCGAGUCCAGCCUGCACAACAACGUCCAGGCUCUUCUCAGAGAGAUGAACAGCCAGAGUGCUUCACCGAAAGGAAUGCUCCGAUGGAGUCUUCAGAAGAAGUUGGAGAGCGAUCCGUCCUGCAGUGUUUCAUUGAUCCGAGUGCUGCUCAAAGAGCUGGAGAAGAAGCUAAAGAGGAUUAGCACGACUUCUAAAUCUCAAUCCUACAUGCACGUCAUCCCGGUGCUGCACACUCUCUACUAUGUGGUCAUUCAGUCAGGUGCCACGAUUCCCACCAGCCUUUACCAGACAGUGUACGAGUGUUUGAUGAAACUGCUGAUCUUACCGUCGCCUUACUCUGCAGUGGCCCUGAGCACUCUGAGGAGCAUCAAGAUGGAAAUGAUCACACCAGGCUCCUUAUAUCAGAGGAGAGUCAUUGCAGAGCAGAACUUGAGGAAUGAGCAUUUCCCUUUGCAGGAGAAGGUGUUUGUGCUCGCUGACCCAGCUGUGUUUUCUGUUCAACUGGAAGCAACCAUAAGAGCAGAGUUGGAGGCGUCCAGCUACCUCAGGAAAACACCAACCAUGGAGAAAAAUGUGGUGCUACGGGUGCUGCAGACGGGGCUGGGGACGACCUGCCAAAGCUCAAGACUGGCUCAGGCUCUGGAGGCUUCAGAGGACCACAUGGUAGAAAAAUGUUUCCAGGAAGUGGUUCUAGCCGUGGAGCAGAGUAUAAAACAUGGUGCAGGCGGUCGUGCAAACUAUCUGAACAAACUACAAGACAUAUACAGAGACAUACUGGCUGCCUCCAAAGAAGACAUAACCACAGCAGAUCAUGGUUCCGCGUGCGGCACAAUGCCCUUUCCAGAGAUCAACUUCCUCUUGUGGAGAUACGACAAGGACCUAUGGAAUCUGCUGGCAGACUUCGCCCUGAAGGACAGAAGAGAUUCAGAUUGUUCUGAGGACAGCGGGACAGAGAGACAUCGAAAGGAGAGCGACUCUGAUGACCGAGAGCAACCUCAGGACAGAGAUCCUACGUCAGCGUUCAGUCGGCGAAAUGCCUUUAAGAACAUGAAGGCAGCAGAUAAACUGACCCUAGUGAGGGAGAAGAUAGAGGCAUUUCCUGGAAGCUCUCCUGUCCAUAAAGAGGACAGCAGGCGUCAUGCGGCGCGGGUAGUGGUAAUGGGGGACGAUCGCGUGCUGGGAAGACUUGCCAGGGCUUACCACUCUAUUCGAGAAAGAGAGUCAAAACAUCUUCUUUUGAUGAAGAAACUGAACCUGCAGUUGUACUAUAUCCCAGUCACUGAUGUGCAGCCUUCGCACAGUCCACCUGCUAGCUCGCGCCAGGAUGAAGGUAGACUGUCUCUGGCCUCCUUAUUGGGAAGAGUGGACCCAUGGUACAACAGCAACAUCAACAGCCUGCAAGCUUUAAUCUCCAAACUGGAUGGGAAGCGCUCUGAUCGCAGCAAGCCAUCGCAGCAAAACCUCUUCCUGCUGGACACUCUGUGUUACUACCUCCGAUGUGGGACGCAGCCAGUUAACCUGCCGCUCUAUUCGGUUAAGAUGAGUCUCUCCAGCUGUGGUGUGAGUUCUGUGGUGGAGGAGCUGUUUGUGUCCCAUCUGGAGGCAGACAUCCCAGAGUUCAGACACAUUAAAGAAAAAUGGUCAAAGAAGCCCGCUGCACGCAGACGGAGGUCAGUGGAAGUCUUUGGAGCAGUCAUCUCAGUCAGUUAUACAAAGGUCUCUUUAAGCAAACGAGAAGCUGUAAAGGGAGUGGCGCCCAUGACGUAUGGUGUGGUGAUUACAUCAGAGCAGGCAGCUGUAACAUCAGGUGAGGAUUACCUCACUGUCAGGUUUGACAGUGUGAACCCAGGAGACAACACAGUGAUCCAAACUCAAAACAUCAGCAUCAGGACGAUGGAGCGCCGAACACUCUCUGUGUGUCUGGACAAGGACUCUCGCAGGACAUACACUGAUGUCCAAAGGAUAGAGAUUUCUCCGUGCUUGGACCCGGGAUGCAGCAGCCGGUCCAGGUUCAGUGUCAGCAGCGAGCGUGAGCGGCUGUUGAGCAAGUACCUGGACAAAGUCCUGUCACUGCCAAUCAACACCUUCACUGGUGUGACCCUCUGAGGGGCCUGAGCUGCCUGCUUCAUGUGCGCAGACAAUGCACACAUUGAUCAUGUCCAAACUGUAUAUUACAUAGUGUCCCGCUUUAAGCAUCUAUAAGCUAUAUAUCGACAGUUAAUAAAUAAUUUGUAACACGUGAUAAUGUAGUUAUACGAAGAAAUAUAAGAAGUGUUUCUAAUGUAUGUCUCAUGAACUUUAUGUCCCCCUGGGGGCACCCAUAAGUGAAGGCUGGUGUAUAAACUGAUAAUGAAUGACACCACAGUAAAACAAAGUAAUAAGAUAAAUUGGAGAAUUUAUGAUUCUGUAUUGAAAAACACUUAAAAUGUCCUCACAUCAGUUUACAACAACAUUAUAGUGUGCUACAAACCAAAUGUUUAUAUGCUGCUCAUAAAUGUUAAAAUAGGGGUUAAAGUAUUACCAACAUUUUUUUCUAUUUUAUUCUAUUCAAUAAAAUGCCUUUUUUAUUGUAAUAUUAAGUCCUUAAGAUGUUUUUUAUUCUGGUAUCUAUAGUAUGACUUUAAUCGGGUGUUUCAGGGUUUAUGCUACUUAGUAUUUCUAAUUCACUACAUGUCAGGGGGAAAUAUUGUACUUUUUAAUCGACAACAUUAAUUUCAUGGUUAUGGCUUUAGUAGUUUCUCUUCAGUCACAUUUGAAGUACAUGAUGUAGUUUAUAAAAUAUGUUACAAUGUGAAAGAUUAAACUAAGUAAAGAAUCUCAAUAAUUCAUCCAGGCAUGCAUUUGCUGCAUUACUGAAGCGUGUGUUUUGAAGCCUGAUUAUGAGGUGUUAUCUUUAUGGUAUUGCGUUGUUCUUCUACAUUUACUGAGUUCCUGAGUUGAUUGUAAUGACAGAUUUACUGUUAAAAAUUCUUUGUUUGAAACGAGGGAACAAAUGAUAGCAUCAGAACCAUGACAUGUGACAUGACGUGUGGAAUUUGCAAAUGUAGUAA